UGAAGAUAGUUCAAGGGAAGUAAUGCAAAACUCAGUCUGUGAUAGAACAAGUAUGGAGAAUUCAGCAGCUUGUGAAACAGGGAACCAGGACAAUCAUUCUGAUGUAGGAAGUAAGGAAAAUUUGACUGCUAAUAAUACAAUAAACACUGCCAAACAGAUUACUUUAAAUGAUGCUGAAAUAUUGAUAGUUUGUGAUAAAACUAGAAGAGAAAAUUUGACUCAUAGUAGUGAGAAUUUGUCAACAAGUUCAUUGAGUUUACCAGUUGGUGAAAAAUUAAACAGAGUAAGCUUGUCAACUGAAAGAAUGGAAACAGAACUGUCAUCCUCUCUACUACAGACACAAAAUAGCAGAGAUAUAAGUGAUACAAGUAGUAAGCCAAAUGAUACAGUCGGUGAAAACAAAACAACAGAUAUUGUCUUGUAUAGAAACAAUCAAGUUCAGGAAACCACAGAAGAUAUUGCUGUAAUUAGGCUUCCAGAUGUUCAGACAGAACUUGGUGACUCUGCAGUUCCAGUCACUCCUAGGAAAGUUGUACCUCCAAAUGACUUGCCUAUAAUGAAAACACCAGGGAAAAAAUUAAGAGAAUAUGGACUACAAGGGCAAGGAAAGUCUCCCAGAAGAAAAAGACCACCUAAAAGAAAAUCCCAGGGAGAUAAAAUUACAGAGAGGAGAUCCAGUUUACCACAUCUGAAUGACAGCAGUAACAGCAAUGAUGGAUCCCUGCAUGAUUCAUUUCCCACGCAAUUUCUAGAACAAUUAUUGAACAACCCGUUACUACACGAGAAGCUAGCAGAAAAUAUAAACAAAACUAUCAACUGUUCUGACCUCAGUAAAUCACAGAAUCUGUCGGAUGUCAUUUUAAUGCAGGAUACUAGUCAGAAAUCAGGAGCUGGAACACCUAAACCAUCAACUAGUUUGGAAGAUAUAUUAGAUCCACAUGAAACCCAGAUGACUGGUGAACAGAUUAAUGAUGUCAUUGAUAUGACCAAGGGAGAUGCUGUGUUUGAUUCAUUGUUCAAACUAUUUCAUGAAGAUUCCAGAGUUGGUUCCUGCUCAUCGGAUAAUAGACUAGAUGAGGUCCAUAGUAUGGUGUCCACUGUCUCACCUUUUGUAGCAGUAACUACAGCAAAUUAUCUUACAUGUGAUCAUGCCAGUAUAAAUUCUGGGUUUAAACCUAUCAAUAGUGCUGAAUGUGACUUUGUACCAUCAUUUUCUAUUGUGUCAACUAAAACACGGUUUGAGAAAAGCUUUGAGAAUAAAUAUGUGAGUGAGGAAUCAAUAAAUGCAGUUUUGCAAAGCUAUUCAUCGGUGCAGACAAGAACUUUAAAUACUCCAACAGAUUUUUCUGUUAUUUCAAACAUGACUUCUUCAAGUGUUAACACUUCAACAUCAUCAAGUAUUACACCAACAGUGACAAUAUCUACAUCUUCUAGACCUGUAUUAACAUCUCAGUCAACUUCUGUUACAUCAACAUCUGGAUCUGUUGUGUGUUUACAACCAUCCUCAUCAACCAUGUUAAACCAAGAGUCAAUAGAAUCAGAAUCAUUCAGCCAGUCUGGAUCAUCAAAUUAUUUGUACACAUCAUCUGUAUCUUUGACUUCUGAAAAAACUGUUGUAUCAUCAGCAUCAAAUUACCCAUUGCCAUCUGCAAGCAUAGUAUGUUCUCCAUCAUAUAAUACAGGCCCUGCAUUAAAUAACACUUCUUCAGCUAUCAGUACACCAUCAAACCAGUCCAUUCCAGUGACAGCUGGUUCUAAUCCAGUAUCGAAAUCUACUUCAUAUAUAACAUUUGUGAAGGGUGUAUCAGCAACAGAGAACAGUAGUACUCCAGUUGGACAGAGAUCCAGUCCUCUUACAGUACAGAUGGAAGAUACCACUGAAACAUUUAAGGGACUACCUUCAGAUGUUAAACAGCUGUUUUCUUCAUUUGAAGAAAAUUUGUCAGAGUUAUCAAAGAGCCAGGAAGAGGCCAAUGUAAGACAUACAAAUGCUAAUACCAGAUCAUCGAGGAAGAACAAAAAAGUAUCUCCAAAGACACCAUCUAAUAGAAAUAAGCAAAAAAUAUCACCCAAAUCACAAAAAAAGUCAUCAAAAUCUGAAGCAGGAUUACCUUCACAGCAUUUGGAAUUAUCAGAAUCAAAUAAAACCAAAAAGACACCAGAAAGUACUUCAAAUAGUAAAAAGUCAUCACCAUCUUCGAAAAAUGAAAAAGAAAAACCUGUGAAGAAAGAUUCAAGAAACAGCACCGCCAAAAAUAAGGACAAGCGAUCCCCAAUAGCUGGUAAACCAAAAGAAAAAAAGCUAACGCCUAGACCGCAGAUAAGAUGUAAUCCCCUCAAGCCAAAGAAUGACAACAAAGGGACUAAGUCAUCACCUAUAACAACUAUAUCAACUCCUACAUGGUCUUCAGAUUUAUCAGCAUUAAUAAAGAUUGCAUCUCCAGAGAAGGUAAAAAAGGAUUGUGGACAAGAGGAGAAAAAUGAAAUAUCUACAGGAAUCACACAGACUCCUACAGGAAGAAAGAAAGGUGGCACAUCUCAACAGACUCCAAUUAGAACUCCUUCAUCAAAAUCAAUUAAAAUUCCUUCAGCAAAGUCGGGGAAUAGUUCAAGGAAAACACCUUCAUCUAAUCGAAAGAAAUCUGAUUCUAAUAAACAAACUUCUCAAUCGGGACCACAAACCUUUCUUUGUAGUAUCUCACCGACAACUAAGGACUUUAGGCAUGUCCCAAUGACAAAUGCUAGCAGUAAUGAAGAAAAGACGCCUUCAGGAAUUAUAAAACUUGGACCAUCAUGUUUAGGUCAUGUUCUUAAGAUGAAUACACAUUUUUCUGAAUGCACAAAGACAGUAAUAAUUCCAGACAAUGGUCCAACAAGCUCCAAAACUGUAGCACCUAAUAGUAAAUCUUCCAAAAUUCGCAUGAAUAAAAGAACAAUAUCGCCACAACAAAUAGCUCCAAUUCUUUCAAUGCCAACGUUAGAUGGAAAUAGUAAUGAUGAUUUUAUGCUUAAUCAACCGAUAGUUUUGACACCAACUAUUCAAAAUGUUACAGAUGAAAAUGAAAUUGGACAGACACUAAAAACAAGUACAGAUGUAAUGCAUGCGAGAACACCUCCAUCUAAAUUUGAAAAUAUAAUUUAUACACCAAAUUCUGAUUACUUAGAAUCACCAGUAAAACAAGUUUUAGGUGACAGCAUGAACAUAAUUCAACAGACUACUACUAGUUUAAAUGGUAUUCAGAACAGCCCACCUGUCCAAGCUAUUUAUACAGCAACACCAAUAACAGAUAUUGUUGGAUCACAACAUGUGCAUGUAAGACCUUUGGAUUUUGAUUCUAAGUCUAAUUCUAGUCCUUUACCAGUGAUGGUAAACAAUUGCAAACAUAAACAAAGAAAACAGAAACAAAAUGUAACUCAGUCAAAAAGGGGAAAGAAACCAGCAAAAUCUGCAAUGAUUAUGAAACAGAUAAUACCUGAUGUCAUCGCAAUAGAUUCUGGAAACGAGACUGAAAAAGAAGCUUCAGAUGAUGCCAGAAUUCAUCCUAUAAGGGGUGUUUUAACUCCAAAAUUUAAUUCCAACCAAAAAACUACUGAUGGGCCAAUGGGACCCUCCAGUGUUGUUAAUUUGAGCACCAUUACCAGUGUGAAUAUCGGAACAAAAGACACAUCUAUUUAUAGAUCAGUAAGUGAAACUGAAAGUGUAAAUUUGAACGCCAUUACCAAUGUUAAUAUAAGUACGAAAGACACUUCUAUUUAUAGACCCUUAAGUGAAACCGAAAGUGAAGAAGGGAUUAGCGCUGGAUUUCAGAGUAAACACCAAGACAAUAAAACAAUUGUACUGGGGGACAAAGUGAUUUUACCUACAGUUAUAUCAGCAGAUAGAAGAUUGAACACUUUUAUUUCAGCUGAGGAUGAUUUGAUCCCAGAUGCUUGUGGAAAUAUUCACAUGAAUAAUGGACAAGUCAUGAACGUUAGACCACACAGUACAGAUAUUAUUGUUCAAUUACCACUGAAAGAUGGACAGAAACAAAACUCAUCACAAAGUUUUAGUGUAAGACCAAUGCAAACCAAAAAUCAGAACUCAUCACAGAGUUUUAGUGUUAGACCAAUACAAACGGAAAGUCAGAUUUCAGUUCAGUCACAAAUCCCAAUGCAAGGACAUUCACAUAAUGAAUUCCCCAUUCGGGCACGGACCCCUGUUGAACAGUUAGCCAGGGAUUAUCAAGGAUUUAAUGUUUCUCCUUCUUGCCAGAAAUUUAUAGGUCAGUUUGGUUUAAAUCCGAAGAAUGACAAAUUUUUAGGGAAACCACUGAAUACACAUAUUAAUUUGAAAAAUUCUGUUGAUCGGAAAACUACCUCAUAUUCAAAAGCAUCUAGUCCAUUAAGAAAUAUAACACCAAAGCCAUCAGUUGGUACUGGCAAUAUUGAUGGCUCACCUUUAAUGCCGGUCUUCUAUGAUAUCCAUCUCACAAAAGAGAGUUCCAAUGACACUUGUUCUUCAGAGGUUGAACAAAUUAACAAUAUGGCUAAAAGAACAGAAAUGAAUAAAUCUGGAUGUAAAACAAAAGCUGUUGAAAAAUUGGUCAAAGCACAAUGUAGUGACAAUGAGUUUUCAUCUGGUAGCGAAGAUAUUGAUGUUGAGGGUGAUUGGGAAAAUCCAUGGAAGAAUAUUUCUGGUGAUGUAAGUGACACUACGCCUGUGAAUUCUCCAAAUGUAACAGUACACGAAAAAAGAACAUCAGUAGAUGAGAGUUCACCCAACAAAACUAUAUCAAACAAGGUUCCAGUAACAAGCCAAAUUACCUCAAAACCAGUGACUUUAAAAUCGCAUGGAGAAACGGAAUCUAUUUGUAGUUUAAGUCAAAAUACUCAGGUAACAGGUAAAUAUAUAAUGACUCCUCCCAAAAAAAGGAUUACAGCUUCUAUGAAAUGUGGUAGUGGUCUUUACUUUGUAUCUACAAACAGAGACAAAAAUACUGAGACUUCAGAAAAGGUUUCAAAGACUAAAAGAACACCCAAGAAAUCACUAAGUGAAUUCACAAAUUUAAGACGAAGUCCAAGAUUAAGUUCUGCAUCACAAAGUUGUGGUAAAUCUCCACAGUUACUUGAUAAAGUAAAGAGAAACCUAACAGAUAUAAAGGAAGAUGGAAACUGUGAUAGAAUAAAAAUUGGAAACAAGAGACCCAGGGAAGAAUCAGAAGAUUAUAGAAUGGAUACAGAAUCAAAGCCUAAAUCAAGAAAGUUGAAGACACCAGUUGACCUAAAGAAGUUGAACGUUGAUAAAUUUCUAACUAAACUCUACAAAAGCUGAAGUUGAUCCCAGUUAAGAAAGGAUAGUUUCACAUACAAUAAUCUCCAAUAUGGGAGAUAUGAACCUUCUGCAUGUAAUGCAAAAAAGUGCAAUGAAAACUUUUGUUAUAAACAUGUUAUACACAUACAAUUGAAAGCUGUUGAUAAUUUUAUUUACUGUUUAUGCUAUUUAUUUAUUUAAUACCUUUAAUUAUUUGAAGAAAAAAAGAAAUUAUGAUUGAAAUACUUUUGGAUUUUAUGUUCCAAUUUGCAUUACCAUAAAUUUUUUAAGUAAAAUUAUUAUCUACUUUAAAUGAGUCAAUCUCAUAGCACCAUCAUGGAAUAAGAAAAUCAUUUGUGUAUUGCCUACAAUGAAAGUCAGGGUAGGUGAAACUUACAUAUAAUUAUUCCUGUUGCAACAGUCUUCAUGAAACAAUAUUUCAAAAUACCUAAAUCAUUCCACCCCAAUCUUUCAAUCCCAAUUUUACUUGAUGUUUAUGAUGAAAGCUUGUUAAAUUUUCAGGAUUGGGUCUGUUCAUUUUACAUAAUUUGGAAUGCAAAUUGGUUGUUUGCCAUUAGGCUUUGACCUCAUUUUUUUGUCAUGUGUAAUAAUCCCUUAUUUUGAGUAAUAGGAUAACUAUAUUUGGUAUAUGGGAUCCUUGCAAGGUCUACAUGUCUGUCAAACAGGGUUCACCUGACCUCGACCUCAUUUCAUGGAUCAAUGAUCAAGGUUAAGUUUUCUUGGCCAAGUAUGAUCUCCGACAAUUUUAUUACACAUUUUUUUGUCACCUAUUCCCCUGAACACAGCAGGUGGUCUGAUCAGGGACCCGAAUGUCAAGUAUGUUAGACAUCUAAAAAUGCCCAGUGUGUACAGUACCAUAAGCAAUAGAUCAACUAUAGUUGGUGUAUGGAAUGAUUGUAUGGUGUACAUAUCAGACUGGCAGGUUUUAUCUAACCUUGACCUCAUUUACAUGGUUUUUGGUCAAUUUUAAGUUUUGGUGGUUUGGUCUGUUUCUCAAAUACUAUAAGCAAUAGGACGACUAUAUUAGGUGUAAGGAAUGAUUGUAAUGUGUACCAUACAUGUCUAUCAGGCAGGGUUUAUCUGACCUUGACCUUAUUUCAUGGUCAAUCGUGAAUGUUAAUUUUUUGGUGGUUAUGUCUUUCUCAGAUUCUAUAAGCAAUAAGUCAGCUAUAUUUGGUGUGUUGAAUAAUUGCAUGGUGAAGCUGUCUGGCAGUGCUCAUUUGACCUUGACUCAUUUUUAUGGUUCAUUGAACAAUAUAAAAAUAAGGAGAUGUGGUAUGAUUGCCAAUGAGACAACUAUCCACCAAAGUACAAAUGAAGUGGAUGUAAGCAAUUAUAGGCAACCAUACAGCCUUCAACAAUGAGCAAUGUUUCUAAUAUGAUGUAAACAAUAGACUCACUAUAUUUGAUGUUUGGUAUGAUUGUAAGGUGUUCAUGUCUGUCAGGCCUCUGACUGGACCUGACCUAGACCUCAUUUCCAUGAAUAAUUUUAAGUUUAUUUGUAGUAAAACCUUCAUAUUAAAGACUUCCAACAUAACUUCAAUCACAAUAUGUAAAGCAGGCAUGAGUGGUGCACUGUUGUUAGGAAUAGAUCUCUUAUCCAUUACUCAUAUGAUAUAGUAUGAAAGUUUUAUGUAUGUCAAUUUAUUACAUGUACAUGUAGCUGAAUAUGAUCAUACAGGUCAUAUGUGACCAUGACCUCAAUGUCAGUGUUAAUUGCUUUACAUAAUCAAAUAUAUUAGUUUGGCAACUCUUGUAUGAGAUGAGGUUUUAUUUAAAACAUUGCAACAAAUGUAAUGAUUUACAAAAAUUUAACAUAGUUUUUAUUUUACUUGAGUUGAUUUAUUUCUAUUUUUUUUAUGGUAGCAAAUUUUUUCAAUGACAAGGACAAAAUUGAGUUUACUGUAUUUUUUUAUACAAAAAUUUCUCUUUUGAUAUUGUCUUCUGAUGGUAUUAAAAUUGUUAAACUUUAUUUGAGUAAUUUUUAAUUGCAUUCUGUGAAUAUCAUGAGAAUUGCUCAAUAUAUGUGUAUAUAUAUGAUUCAACGAGAAGUUGGAUAAAGGUAAUUUAUUCCCUGCUCUUAUACUUUAAAGUUAUGACUUUAA